UCUCUCUCGUUCUCUUUCUCUCAGUUUGUCUGGUGUUGUCAGAGCAAGCUUUGUGUAUGUGUAUGUGCGUCUGUGUGUGCGCACAGGGCACGUGUGAGUGAGUGAGUGAGUGAGUGAGUGAGUGAGUGAGUGAGUGAGUGAGUGAGUGAGUAAGGGAGUGAGGGAGUGAGUGAGUGAGUGCUUCUGUGAGUGUGUGAGUGAGUGAGAGAGAAGGAGAGAGAGAGAGAGAGAACGUGACAGUGAGAGUGACAGAGAGCAGGAAUGGCACUGUGUGUGUUGAACUGCUGCAAGACAAGUUAAGCCACUCAAUGAAUUGACGAGGAAGAAAGAAAAGCUGCCGGCUUUCACCUGGCUUUCAUUUUUUAAUUUUAUUUUUUUAACUCUCGUGUCUUUUUUUUAAAUGAUGCGCUAUCACUCAUAGCGCUCAACACUUUGAAGAGAACAAGUGUCUCUCUCUUGAUUUUUUGUUGUUGUUUUGUUUUGUUUUUGACUUCAACGGUGCGUCUAUUUUUUUUUUCUUUUAUCGUGACCCGAACCCCCUCAACACUGGGACCUUUAUGCCGAGCAUUAUGACACUUCUGGGCUCCGAGCACUCGGUUCUGAUUCGAAGCAAAUUUAGAUCAGUCUUGCAGUUGAGGCUCCAACAGCGGAGGACUCGCGAGCAGCUGGCAGACCAAGGCAUCAUGCCUCCUCUGAAGAGCCCAGCUGCAUUCCACGAACAGAGGAAAAGUCUCGAGCGCUCCAAGACUGGAGACUAUUUAAAACACAAAAUCAGGAGUAGACCCGACAAGUCAGCCUUGGUCAAGAUGCGUAUAUUACCAGAUCCGGCGGCGAGUGAGGGCUCCGCCACGCCCCGCGAAGCCCCAAACCCGAACCACAAGCUAAAGCGGGCGCGGCUAGCAGACGACCUUAACGAGAAACUGGCCCUGCGGCCCGGCCCGCUGGAGCUGGUCCAAAAGAAUAUCAUUCCCGCCGACUGCAGCGUCAAGGAGGCCGCCAUGAGAGUGAACCAUGGCUCCAAGUUCCCCAAACAGCCUCCCCCCCAGCAGCAGCAGCCUGCUCCCCAUCACCAGGAGGACUCGUACGCCUUCGAGGAGGAGGAGGAGGAGGAGGACAGCAGCAGCUGCAACGAGAGCCUGUCCCCUCCGCCCCCGCCCCUGGAGCACGAGACCCUCCCCCACCCCCACAGUGACGAGUCCCACGGCUCCACCACCACCACCACGGCCCCCGCCUGCCCCUCCUGCCCCCCCACAGCAGCGGACGCCAAGGGUGGAGGAGGAGGAGGUGGUGGAGGAGGUGACGGAGGUGGUGGUGGAGGUGGGUCGAUGUCCCCCUCGAUGUCCGCAAUGGGGGCUGGAUCAGCUGGUGGUCUGGGGGAUUCUGCCGCGUCACUCAUCGGCCCAGCACAGGGAUGUAUCAAAACCGAGGCGAUUAGCCAAGAGGAGAUUGGUCUGGAAUCUGGAAACAGCAAUCAAGCCACACCCCCUAUUCCUGUGCCCGCCAUAGUCAAGCCUCCCAAGAUGUCGGACAAGAACCGGCACAAGAAGCCCAAGGACAUCAAGCCCAAGGUCAGGAAGUUGAAGUACCACCAGUACAUUCCCCCGGACCAGAAGGCAGAGAAGUCUCCUCCGCCCAUGGACUCCGCCUACGCGCGCCUGCUACAGCAGCAACAGCUCUUCCUGCAGCUGCAGAUACUCAGCCAACAGAAACACCAGCACCACCACCAGCAUCAUCAUCAACACCAACAGCAGCAGCAACAGCAGCAGCAUUCCCAAUGCUCUCAGACUCAGCAGCAUCAGCAACAGACUCAGCAGCAGCAACAGCAGCAGCAGCAGCAGCAGGUUCAGCAGACCCAGAGCUUCAGCUACCAGCCCCUGCACCAGCAGCAAGCCAACAGGCCACAUGGUGAGCAGAUGUCCACGUGUGGCUCUGGCACCCCCAGUGGUGCGGUGGGCACCUCGUCCUCCGCCUCUUCCCCGGUCAAGACCUCUUACAGCAGCCCCCCCACCAUUAACCCUACCAAGUUGGGCCCCCUGCCGCCCAACCUCGACGACCUCAAGGUAUCGGAGUUGAGGCAGCAGCUGAGGAUUCGCGGCAUGCCGGUGUCCGGCACCAAGACCGCCCUCAUCGAGAGGCUGCGCCCCUUCCGCGACCCCAGCGGCAGCUCCCCCGGGUCCCAGGCCAGCGACAUCACCACGGUUACCUUCCCCGUGACGCCCACCGGCUCGAUGUCCUCCUACCAGUCGCCGGGCUCGGCUGGUCCCAUGUCUCACGGAGGGUUCUUCCCGUUCUGCAGUACUGGCUCCACGCCGCCCAUCUCUCCCGCCUCCUCGGAGCUGAGCGGCUCCCUGCCCGACAGCUUCAGCGACGUCACCAUGUCCUCGCCGCAGUUCGGCCUGCACGCCUCCUCCUCUUCCCCUGGACACCUGAGCGCUGAUGAGGGAGGCCUGGCCAUGGGGCUCGGAGGAGGUGGAGGAACGAGUGGAGGAAGCAACGGAGAUCCAUCCGGUGAAGGAGGGUCUGGAUUGGACGCGGAGAAGGACAAGAUGCUGGUGGAGAAGCAGAAGGUGAUCGAGGAGCUCACCUGGAAACUGCACCAGGAGCAGCGGCAGGUGGAGGAGCUUCGCAUGCAGCUGCACAAGCGCAAACGCUCCCACGGCAGCCUCCAGGACCAACCCCUUCCUCCUCCCCCACCUCCUCCUCCACCUCAUCAUCAUCAUCAUCUUCAUCCUCAUCCUACUUAUACAUCUGGUCCUCAGCAGCCAGCAGCCACAGGCCCUCAGCAUCCUUCAUCCCAGGGCCAGAAUGGACCAAUGGCUCCCCAUCACCAUGGCGGCCACCAACAGCAUCAGCAUCAGCACCAGCAGCCUCCACAUGGCCUCCACAUGCAUCCCAACAGCUCCAGCUCCAGCUCCAACUCCAGCUCCCACCAGAUGCAGCAUAAUUUCUAUGGCAACGUGUCUGUGAAGCAGGAGCACGUGACCUCCAGCUGUCCUCUGGCCUCCAAGGCCAUGAAGAACAACAACAACAGCAAUGGCGGCCAUCAAAAUGGCGGAAAUGGAAACGGUGGAAGCUGCAUGGAGGGCAUGGGGGCUCACUGCGGCAUGAUGGGAGCUCCACAGCGCUGUCCCGGCGAUGUCGUCCCGCCAUCUCGCAGCCCUUCUUCCUCCGGUGUUGUCGGUGGUGGUCUGUCGGCUUUCCUCAGCCCGCAGUGUUCUCCGCAGGACUCGCCAGGUGGCAACAAGACGUCCGGUAGCCCACAGCCCAGCAGUCUGUCCUCAUCCUCGUCCCCCAGCCACUCCUACAUGAUGACGCCCCCUAUGGGGCGCGAUGGAGGUUGCUCUCACUCGCAGACCGGAACCAGGCCUCGUAACAUGCAGAUCCAGCAGAAGGCUGUGAGCCAGCCCAUAAGCUGCCCGUACCCCCCUGACCAGAGAGGCCUGCAGGCCCUGUACCCUCCCAGCCCAGCUGACAUGGGCCUCAACGAACGGCCCUCCGCCAAAGCCAAGAACAACCACAUGCAGACCAAGAUUGCAGUUUCGCACUCCUCCUCCUCCUCCUCUCCCCGGCACCCUGGCCACAAGUGCCCUGUCACCUCCUCCUCCUCCUCCUCCUCCACUACCUCCUCCUCCACCACCACCACUGCCUUCUGUAGCUCAGAAUCAGACUGCGCUGCAUCCAAGAUUAAACAACCCCCUUGCUAUGAAGAUGCAGUGAAGCAGCAACUGACUAGAAGUCAACAGAUGGACGAGAUACUGGAUGUGCUGAUCGAAAGCGGAGAAAUGCCGGCUAUCUCCAAGGACGAGAGCUCCUGCUCCUGUGUAACCAAAGUCAAUGUGCCUCCUCACCUUGCAGUGUCCGCAGCGGUGGGCAGCGUCACCGGUGUCACCGCCGGCGUCCACAACAAGUUCCACAGACACUACGGCCACAUGGUGUCUCCGCCGCCACCGCCGCCCCAGAUGCCCUUCGAGCCACACGGCCUGAGCCACACGGGCGUGGAGUGCCACCUGGACUCGCUGCUUAGCAACCCCAUGGUGCGUCAAGGCGACAUCGUCCUGUUGAAGCUCGGCGAGGAAGGCACCUCAGGGGAGGACAUUGUCGGCAUCGGGGGGGAGCAUGCCGGAGGGUUCGUUGGCGCCGCCGCGUCGCACCACGACGACAAGAUGCUGGUGCACCGCGACAUGAUGGACACCCCCCUGUCGCCCAUGGCAACCAAGGUGUCGCCCGUCCCCGGCGACGGGGCCCAGGGGCUCGGCAUGGCGUUCGCCGAGUCGCCGUGGGAGACCAUGGAGUGGCUGGACCUGACUCCGCCCAGCUCAGCGACGGCCUUCAACUCCAUGGCAACCGCCGUGCCGAGCAUCUUCAACACCGAGUUCCUGGACGUCACGGACAUCAACCUCAACUCAGCAAUGGACCUGCACCUGGAACACUGGUGACAUGGUGGCCAGAUGUGACUCCACCCCUGGUGACAACGUUUCCAGAUGUGGCUUGACACCACCCCUCUCGCUCUCUCUCCCUAUCCCACUCUCCAUCCCUCUCUCCAAUACCCUCUCUCUCCUUAACCGAAGGUUGCCAGAUGUCACUCCACCCUUCUUAUUCCCUCUCCAUCCCUCUCUCCAUACCUCUCUCUAUUCCUCUCUCCAGCCCUCUCUCCAAUUCCCUCCUCAGCCUGAGGUCAGCUAUGGACCUGCACCUGCAACACUGGCAACAUGUGGGUUGACUCCACCCCUUUCGCUCUCUC